AUGGAAACUUUUCUAUUAUUAAAUAUAUUAAAAGUAAUUACAGCAAGUAAUAAGGAAGUGAAUCAAGAAAAAGAUGAUAAUUCAAAUCCAAAUUUGAGAAUAAAACCAAGAGGAAGUUUUAGAAAUAGUUUAAGAAGGGGUUUUAGAAAUAGUUUAAGAAGGGGUUUUAGAAAUAGUUUUAGACCAAAAAAAUCUAGAAUUAUUAAACUAAAUGAAGAUUUUAAAUUUUCAUUGAUUGAAGGUUUAGAAAAGUAUAAGAAUUAUGUAUUUAAAUACAUUAAUCAAUUAUUUAAUGAAGAAUAUAAAUUGAAUAAUGAUAAAGAAAAUCCUAUAGAAAAUUUAAAAAGUAAAAUUUUUCAAUUAAAAAAUGAAAAUAUAUUCAAAAAUAUUAAAAAACUUUAUGAAAAAGUUAUACCAAAAGAUGGUAAUAAUGAAAACAUGAAUUUAUAUAAAUUUUUACUAGAUAUUCAGGAUAAAGAUGAAACUGUCAUGUUUUCAAUAACAAAUCUUGAAUUAUUUUUGCUUUUAAAUACUUUUGAAGACUAUCCAAAAGUGGGAUAUUUUAUAAUUGAAAUAAUGAAGGAUGUUUGUGAUAAAAAAGGGUUUUCUAUGAUAAAAAAAUCAUCAGAUGGUUUAGAUUUGGAUGAAAUUAAUUUAAAUUUGUUAAGAUUGAUAUUUAAAAGUUUAUUAUCUGAAAUUGUUAAUUUUAAUAAUGAAACAGGGAAUAAAGCAUUUAAUUAUAACUAUACUGAUGAAAAGAAGAAUUUUUCGAAGAAUUCUGAUUUAAAAAAUUUAUUAAUUGAUUUUAUUGAUAAUCGCAUUUUUGAAUUAUUAGAUUCUGAUAAAGAUGGAACUAAAAUAGAAAAUUUGGAUCAAGUCUGA